UAACGUUUCCCGCCAUCUCAAUCUGUACUUUCGAGUUCUAGGGUUACCAAAAAUCCACUCAUUUCCAAACCUUAAAAAGUAGAACCCGACCCGAAAUAUUGACUUUCAGCUGUCCUAAACGUUUCCCGCCAUCUCAACCUGUACUUUCUAGUUCUAGGGUUACCAAAAAUCCACUCAUUUCCUCUAUUUCUCAUUCCCAAUCAGAUUCCAAAAUUGGUUUUUCGUUUCAGGGUCUUUCUCCUUCUACCCUUUACUGGGUAAACAUUCGAAAUGCCGGAUUUGAGCUGGAGACACCACGCGCUUAUUCAAGCAUUGCUCUCACGCGGCCCCCUCAUCGAGGAUGACUUCCACGCCAUCUUUUCCGGCGUCACCGGCAAAAAUCCAGGGGCUCACCAACAGCAAUUCAAUGAUUACCUUUUGAAGAUAAACAAGGAGCUUUCCUACGUUCACUUGGAGUUGCGUGGAUGCAGAAACCAAUAUGAUGGAAAAGUUUAUUAUGGUGUGGUCAAUAAUGUUUCUGAUGAACAAUCCAAACUUGGAACAAAAUACACAGUUCCCCAGCUUGCUUUCUACAAAGGCAUUAUUGAAGCAAUUGUGCAAGAUGUCACGGCUCAGGGCAGUAUAUCUGAUAUUGAUGCUCUCAAUAUUCGAUUGGAGAAUCAGGGCAUUCCACCUAAUGUCCCUGCUGCAUUUAAGAAUUUCUCGAUAUCUCAGAAGGAAAAAACUCUUGAUGAACUUGUGCAAGACCAAUGGCUUUCCUCCACCCCAGAUGGUAAAAUCAGACUUGGUGUCAGAUCCUUCCUCGAUCUGCGUAGUUGGUUCCAUAAUAAUGAUGUCCCUUCAUGUGAUGUUUGCAAUGAGGCUGGAGUAAAGGCAGAAUUGUGCAGGAAUGAAGGUUGUAUAGUCCGAAUUCAUCUCUACUGUCUAAAGAAAAAGUUUUCUCAAAGACGGGUUGAAAGAGUGUGUCCAGGUUGUGGCACUCAAUGGCAGAAUGCAUCCAUCACAGAUGCCAUCGAGGAAGAGGAUGAGCCAAGUAGGCCCAGUCAAAGACAGCCACCACCUCCAGCAGCUGCCACGAGAAAGAGGCUCAGAAGUUGCAAAACCGAAGAUGGAGAGAAUGGUGGUCCAAGUUCUUCUCAAACUUCUGUACCUGUUUCAACAGAUUUCAGAAGAAUAACUCGAAACUCUGCCCGCCUAGGGUAAAAUAUUUCAUGUGUACACUCUUGAUGCCCUGUAAUUAUAGUAGCAGCAGGUUGGAAAUAUGUACAUGCCAGGGACUGACUGCGUAUAAGCUGGAUCUUGGAUUCUCCAGCGGUGUGAUGUAAGUAUUUUGGAUUAUUAUUACAUAUGAAAUGUUUCUAAAUCUUUUGUUGGGAUGA